UUUGACGUUUGCGAUAGAAUGAACACAAUCAGCGUGUUAAUGUUGUUCGUUCUGCUGGCAAUAGGAGUAGCAGCUCAGGCUCCUUUGCCAGGCAACGAUCCUACCGUAUCCAUUCUGUCCUACAAAAAUGACCAGGACUUGGAGAAAAUUCAGCGGCAGAUCAUAGCGCAAUACGAAAGGUUCGGAGGAACCACCUAUGUGCACAAACCGCUGACGGCCAGAACUAUUAACCCAGCCAGCCUAGGGACUAACAUUUAAUGCUCCCCGAAAAUAAAUCGUUAAUUUUUGAGAUUUGUAAACCU